ACGUACAGAAUGAGGCGGAGAGCUCAGCAAGAGGGGCGGUCGGGAAGCGGCUAACUGCGGACAGCAACGAUGGAAAGAGGCGGGAAGCGGCGUAUAAACAGACAGCCAGAAGGUCAAGAUAAUACCAAAACUGUGCCGCCGAAAUCCCCAAAACAGAAGUCCCCGUAUGUGAAAAAAAUGCUCAUUCCUCCUGAAAUUUCUGCUAUUUUAAAGGAGCCUGAAGAUUUAUCACAGGAUUACAACGAAGAGGAUUAUUUUGACCCUCCUUUCCAUAGCACAGCUGUGUAUGCCGAGGGGGAGGAACCAUUGGAAAAAGAAGUGUCUAAAGAAAAAUCCCUCAAGCAACAGCUACUGAUUACCUCCUGGACCCAACAGAAAAGUAAAAUUGUUGCUACCCCUAGAAGUGAAUCCGGGAAAGUUGUAAGAAAUCGAACAGUACAGGACAAGAUCAUACAGAAAACUCCAAAGGCAACAAAGAAAGCAGAAUCUCAGGUGCCAGAUGCUGAGCUGCCUCAUGCUGUUGAAUCUCCCAACAGUGCGUCUGCAGAAGCAACUCGCCCACCACCGAUCUCCCCUAAAGAGAACCGACAAGGAAAACACACAAAUAAAAGCUUGAUAUCACGAAAAGCACUAUCCAAGGUGAAAGAAUGUGCACCUACGUCAGGCAAAAUGCCAAAGAAAGCAGCACUCGCAUCUCGGGCAACUCCUAAAGCCAAAACUAAAAGACGAAAAUCAAUUCAACCUCAGCAGACAUCACACACACCACGGUCUCCCGUGCAGGAACCCAAGCCUUCUCGUGUCACUAAUUCUGAAGACGAUGUAGUUGAAGAAGAAAUGAAUGCGUCGUGUGUUCCUCCUAAAAGCAGCAGGCGUAGAAGAAAAUCAAGUAACCUUGUGGCAUCAAAAAAAAAGCAAUCUCUAGCGAAAGAACGUUUAGAUCCUCAUACACCUGGCUCUGAAAACAGUGAGUCCGAAGAUCAAGUCCCUUCUAAAGAACCUCAUAGAAGACCAUCAAAUAAAGAUGUGACAUCGAACAAUGCAGAAUCCCAGGGGAGUGAGGAUGAAGCCUCACUCAGCGUGUCUGAUAAUUCCGCAGGCCUGUCCCAGACCCUACCUAACAAAAAUAAAAGGAAACCUAAUGGCCAUCAGGAGACUCCCAAAAAAGGGCAGGACAAAUCCCCAGAAAGAAAAAGGAAAAAGUUAAACAUAAAUGAUUUACAUACAACAGUAGCCAACAAAGCUGUGUCCAAGAAGGUUUGGAGUUCAACAGAGGUGCCCAGAUCGUCCAGAGACAUGAAUGAGCUGGAUGUUGUGCUGUUUGAGUGUGAGAAAGUUUAUGAAGAGUACAGAGAAACUGUUGAUUCAAAUGCCGAUAUGAAAGCAAUUGAUCUUUUCUUCGCUUGUUAUAAAGAACAGCUCACAACAUCCAUAGAAGAUGUUCAGAAGAUGAAAAACAUUAAGAAGAAAAAUGCAAAGAUGCAACUGGAAAUUGGAAGGAAAAAGAAAAGACUGAUUGAAGUCAAAGGUGAAGUGAUAGAGAAUGAGUCGAAGCUGAAGCAGCUCCAAAAGACCUACAAAGAGCUUCAGGAGAAACAAUCUGCACUGAAAAAAGCAAAAGAGUUUCUCUCUGGUCUCGGAGAGCUGCGGAAAGACUACCUGAAGUUCAGAGAAGAAAACCCAGAAGCUAAAGAAACUUACGGGAUGUCAAGCCUGCCUGCUCUUCUGCUACAAUCGCAAACCAUCAUGAAUGCAGAGAAACAUCUCCAUGAUAUUAACGCUACGCUGGAGAGUUUUAUUGCAGGGGAGAAAGAUGUGUGUUAAAUUUAUAUCACACUUUUUAUAUAAAUGUAACAUAGUACAUAUCGCUUAUGUACUGUAUCACGUGUUUGGUCUAAUUUGCUACAAGCCAUCGGAUACAGGAGCCACUUUCUCACUAUAUGGAUGCAGUUUUGUCACGAA